UUAUUUUCUUUCCAAGGUAAUUGAAUCAUUCUGCAGGCACGUUAUUAUUCAGCCAGCUUACAGACAUGGGUCUGAAUAUUUUGGCUAUUCUUCUUCCUGCUUUGAUUUUGUGGCCAAGUCGGACAUCAGCAGCACUGACAGUUGACCCACCUACGGACCUACAGAUUAUUGAUCCUGGCCACUUGGGACCACUUCACAUUCAUUGGAAAGCUCCACUCAGUUUGACCAGUGAGAAAUCAUGUAUGGUCCGAUACAUGUUGACCUACUGUGACGUGGAUUCAACUAAUUGUAAGCGUAUAAUCACCAGGCAACUGAAACACACUGAUGGGUUUAACCUCAACAAGGGAGUAAUUGUGAAGGUCCGGACACUUGUAAAAGAACAUUGUGAUGGAUCUGAGCUGAAAAGUGACUGGAUGGAGAUGACGUACUGGCCACUCAUAGAAGGGCUUGCAGACUCCAAAAUCAAGAACUUGCAAUGCAUUGUUUACAACCUGGAAUACAUGGAUUGCUUGUGGAAGAAUGGAGCGAAUGCUCCAAACGACACCGAUUACAGACUCUAUUAUUGGCAUGAAGAGCUGGAGCAAGUAAUGAAAUGCAAUAAUUACAUAAAAAAUCAGGGUCAUAAAGUUGGCUGCCAUUUUUCCAAUGACAGUCUCAUUGAGUUUUCUGAUUUCAACAUAUGCAUAAAUGGCACCUCAAGACUGGGACCAGUGAUGCCGACUUAUUAUACAUUUCAACUUCAGGAUCACGUUAAGCCAGCAGCUCCUUAUGAAAUUAAAAUGACUGCAUCAAAAAAUGGUAUUUAUCUAGAGUGGAAGCCUCCAGCUGGUAAAAUAAAACCUCACUGCUUGGAAUAUGAAGUUAAUUUCUCAGGAAAAAACACUGACUGGGAGUCUAAAGUACUUCCAGAAGAAACUACAUCUACAUUCCUGAAUAUAACUGUGAAAACAAAGUUCUGCGUCCAUUUAAGAGCAGCUGUCAACAUGUAUUGUGCUGAUGAUAGCGUUUGGAGUGAGUGGAGCUCUACACAGUGCUUGAGAGACUAUCCAGCAGAAGAAGAGCAUACCAUUAUCAAACGUAACUUGUUCAGCGAGCUGAUUUUACUCACAGCUUUGGCAUCAAUCUCAUUGACAUUACUUGUGGGUGUUCUUGCCUGCUGGGUCAGAUGGAAACGAUCAUUUUCAAAGAAAAAGGUUAACAUGUUACUCACUGAAGAAACCAAAAGCAUCAAUGAAAGAAACUGCCUUAACUGUUGAAAUAUUGCUUGCAUUAUCUAAAAGAAUAUUACUGAUUGUUAAUACUAUCUACUAAUUGCAUUCUAAAUGUAUAUCGUUUUUUUUUAAAUCUUGCAUAUAAAAAUAGGCUUGUAUGUAUUGAGCCAUUGAUGUUUUAAUUGCUCCUGAAAUGUUUAUAUUGUUAACAGUCACAUGGCAAGGUCAGGGUAACCUGAGAUAAGGCAUCAUUGCAGCAGUUAUUUUCAAAUUCAGUAAUUUAGAAAAACUCAUUCUGCAACUCACAAGACAUUUCUCGUGAAAAUUUCAAUUAAGAAAUAUUUUCCGGGAUGCCAUAAAAAGUAGGAAAGGAAACAAUGGAGGCUCUGACCCUAACUGGUCUUGUCUGGUGUGCUAGAAGAUUGAUAUCAUGCCUUGGAAAGGGAUUACAGCACAAAUAACAAACUAUUGGAGGAACUCAGUGGGUCAGGCAACAGCAGUGGAGGGAAAUGGACAGAUGAUUUUUCGAGUCCGAACGCUUCUUCAGAUUGAAGGAUGCCACUUUGAAGAAGAUCUCUUUCUGCAGUUCCUCCAGCAGUUAGGUUUUUUACAGCAUUUGCAGUCUCUUGUGUUUACUAAUUGCAGCAAUAUCUGCUUGACUUUAGUUAUGGGAAUUAAUGGGGAAAUAGAAUGAGCUGCAAUAUUGAUUGUCAUCUGGAAAAGCACCAGGGGCAAUCAAGGGUUGGUUGUGUAAAAUUGGUGUUAGACUAUAUAUGUAUUUUUAUAAAGAGGGAACAAGGAGGAUUGGUGAGUAUGAUAUGCUUAAUAUCAUCUCAUGUUGGAAAGCCCUUUAGUAAGUCCAUGGAAUCCAAGGGAAGGUAGGAAGUUAAAUCCUAAAUUUGUUCUGACUGUCAAUUGUUGUUUUGAAAAGUUGCAAGCUGUUGUUGCAGGACUCAGUUCUUGGUAUCUUUCUUUUUGGGUUCUGCAUUAAUCAUUUAGACUUAAAUGUAAAUGGCACAUGUUAGAUUAAAUGAAAAUUCCCCAUGUGGUCUCCAGUGAGAACAAAAUCUGGUGAAGUAUCAAUAAAUUGGAUAUGUGCAGAAAAAUGACAUGGAAGAGUCAAAGGAAGUUUGAAGUAAUGCACAGUGCACAAUUAUGACAAGAAGUACACAUUAAAUGGUUAAAAAUACUGAAAAGAAACAAGGAAUAGAUGGACCCUAGAGUGCUCAUCAUUAGAUCCCCAAAGCUAGCAAAACAAGUCAGAAAGGUGAGGGCUAGUUAAGGACAGCCUCAGUUUUGAAAUUCUGUUGAUAGGGUUCAAAACACAACAAGGCUUUGUUCUUUCGCAUGAAUGUGAUGAGGUUUGUUUAGGAUGCACCUAGUGGAAUAAAUAAGUGGGUAACUAAUGCAUGUAUUUUGAUUUUUCAAAAUCAAUAUAAGUUGUACAUAAGUUGAUACAGUUAGAGCACAUGGAAUUUGGGGUACAAGUAUGAAUGAAGUAUUGACUAUUGGAUAUAAAGCAAAGGAUGGGAAUAAGUGCACCUUUCUCUGACAGGCAUGCUGUGACCAGUGUGGCAACAGUAGAACAGAUGCUUGGAUCCCCAGUUAUUUGCAAUCUAUAUCAAUGAUUCCCUGAAAGUGGCAAUACAGGUCAGUAGGGUGAUGAAGAAGGCAUGUGGGGUGCUGGCCUUCAUGCUUUGAAUCAAAGGAUAUAAAUGUUGAGACCUUAUAUUGCAACUUCACACAAGUUAGAGUUAUAGAGUUAUGCAGCACAGAAAUGGAUCCUUUGGCGCACAACCUCCAUGCCAACAUUUUUGACCAUCUCGUGUCCAUGGAGUAUUAGAUGUGAGGGCUGGUCCCUCAAUGCAA